AUGACAACAAUACUCCCCCUGAGUUCCCAUAUAUCAUUUCGAAGCAUCAAUCAAUCAUAUAUAUAUAUAUCACGAAUGGCUACGAGUCUCACCGAUAUCCAUUCUGAUAUUAUACUGACACACAUAUUACCAUGCCUCGACGGCCCAUCUCUCGCAACUACAACUGCCUUAUCAUCGUAUUUACAAAAUCUUUGUAUCGAUGACAAUAUCUGGAAGCGUGUAUGCAAAUCUACUUGGCCAUCUUCUACUCAUCCACGCGUUCAAGAAAUCAUUUCCGCCUUCCCUUAUGGUUACCGCACUUUCUUCCAUGACGCCUUUCCUGUUUUAGUCAUCAAUCGUUCGAUGUGGAAACAAGACCAACAACUAAAUUGUUUGACAUCUUAUCCGGGCCUGUCUGAACUCGUUUCAGCCAUCGAUAUACACUACAAAAAUGAUAUUGUAUACUCUGCAGUCAAAUUAACAAACACUUCAACCAAACAUUUCCUAUGGUCACCGUUGUGGAUUGAACUAACAAACGACCAGACCAUCAUAAACCGAUCCAUUGACUUAAAAGUUGAUGAUAAUAUAGGCGAAGAAACUUUAUUACAGCUUAAAGAAUCCUUGACUUUAAAUUGGGUUGUAAUGAGCACGAGUUGGAAACGAGCAGGCAACUUAUCAAGCGUCAAACCGGUUAGGGUAAAGGAAGGCUUGCUUCCUAAUGAGAUACUUGUUCAAUACAAAACAAUCUUACCUGGAUGUGACCCGAAAGAGAUGGUACAAUGUAAGAUACAUUUGGUAUUAGAGGGAGAGGUGGCGGCCGGUUUGCAGGUGAAAAUGGUGAUACUAAAGUUACAAAACUUGAAUUCUAUCUGUUUAAAAGGUAAUGACUUUUUGGUUGUUACACAAAGAGCAAUUAUGGAACAAAAUCAGGUAAUUAGGAAAAUGGUGGCCAAUAAUGACCAGGAUACAAUGAUGACCUGCAAGGAGUUUAAAGAGAUGAAAAGGAAAGAAAAAGAAAUCCAGAAGGAUAUUGCAGUUAAGAAUAGAUAUACUGACAUUUUUGUGUUCUGCAUUUGUGUCUAUUAUCUAGUGUUAAUUUUGCAUUUCUUGGGUCCUGGAUCAUUAGGAUAAAGUCAAUCGAAAUUGGUUUAAUCCUGAUAUCGGUUUUGGCGCCUUUGACACCAGAUUUCGGACUAAUUAGUGAUUCCCUGUUAAUUAAGUCGAAAUCAUCUCAACAAUCA